UCCUUCGUUGUAUUGAGGUUGUUGUUGGGAACACUCAAGCUAUUAUUGAAUUUGAGAGGAAAGGACACAGCGCAAGAAAAUUCAGAAGACAUGGAUCCAAAGCUAACAGAGGUUUCGCAGCUCUUUGAUCGCUUUAAGUCUGCGUUUCUCAGGAGCGACUAUGAUAUCUGUUCCAAUCUCCUCUCCCAGCUAAAGGUAUUACUGACAGGGUUCAGAAGUCUUCCACCCUUGUUUGCAGAUACACCUAAUGCAGUUCACGAGUUAACAAUAGCAAGGGAUAUAUACGAGCAUGCUGUUGUCCUUAGUGUAAAAAUUGAGGAUCAAGAUGCGUUUGAAAGGGAUUUCUUCCAGUUGAAACCUUAUUAUACAGAUGCCUGUAAUCGUCUUCCACCUUCUCCUCAGGAAUACCCAAUACUAGGUCUCAAUCUGUUGAGACUACUUGUGCAGAAUAGGAUUGCUGAAUUCCAUACUGAGUUGGAAUUGCUUUCAUCCGCUGCUCUAGAGAAUCCUUGCAUUAAGCAUGCUGUGGAAUUGGAACAAUCUUUUAUGGAAGGGGCUUACAAUCGUGUCUUGAGUGCACGACAGAAAGUGCCACAUGAUACAUACGUUUAUUUCAUGGAUCUUUUGGCAAAGACUGUCAGAGAUGAAAUAGCAGGUUGCAGUGAGAAGGCAUACGACUAUCUUUCAAUUAAGGAUGCUAAGCAAAUGUUGCUGUUCUCCUCAGAUCAGGAACUCCUGGAAUACAUUAAAGAGGAGCAUCCUGAGUGGGAGAUUAAGAAUGGUAGUGUCUUUUUCCAAAAGGCAAAAGAAUCUGCACCGUGCAAAGAAAUACCAUCUCUGCAGCUUAUCAACCAGACACUUAGCUAUGCUAGGGAGUUGGAGAGGAUUGUCUGAAAAGAAAUACGACAGGCGGUUUUUGUAUUUCCUAAAUUUCUAGGUGUCUGGAUAAUAGUUGCUAAUACUGUCUUUUGAAAUUGUUUAUUCUGAUUCAAUGCGGAUUAAAAAAGUGUUCUCCUCUGUAUUCUGAUCAUUUAGAUGUCUAUUUUUUUUAAACUUGUGCUCUGGAAACAGAAGAAGAAAAAAAUUUGUUCGAUACUUAUAUCCCCUUUUUUAUGUUGAGGAUUAGAUGAUUCAUUGA